AUGAAUAAUGGAAUUAAUGAGUGUAUUGGAAGGAUGAAGAUCAGCAGUAAUGUAAGAUCGAAACAAAAGCACAUUGAUGAAGCACUGAAGAUAGUUAAUAGAAAUAGAAAGUAUAGGAAUGAUCCGUUGUAUGGGAUGUUUAUCAAGAGAGUAGUUACUGGUCUGUGUGAAGGAAUAAAUAACUCUGAUAUUUUCGAAGUAAUCAGAGUAAUGCAGAAGACGAUCAAGCCCAAGUCUAGAAUGUCAGGAAAAUAUUCCUGUAUUGAAGAGCUAGACUGCUCGUGGUAA